AUGAAUGCAAAGCAUGGUACAGUUGACAACACCAUCGACUCUACAGUUCGAGAAUCCGUGUGCCUCUCAAUGAUUUUCAAGGAUUCAGAAACUCAUGAUGAGGAGCCAGUUGUGGAAACUCCAAUUUUGCUGUCUUCAAGAUGUCAUGCAGAUUCUGCAAUAGCAGAAGAAGUUGUUGAAGAACAAUCUCCACGCGCGCAUCCUGAAGAGUCUUCACAAGGAACUAUUACUGACGUCACUGAUGUUGUUCCAGAAAGCAGCCAUCGUCCCAUCGACUCUCAAGCUUCGGAACCCGUUUACCUUUCAAUGCUGUUAUCGGAACCAGAUUCUCAUCCUGAGGGGCAACCUAUCAAGACUCCGAUUUUAUCGUCUUGUAAACUGCUAAACAGUGAUGCAAACUCCAUAAUGACAGAAGAAGCUAGUGAGCCAGAAGAACAAUCUCCAGGCGAGAAUUCUGGUGAGCCUUCAGCUUCCAUUGCACCAGAAACAAGUGAUUCUCCUCCCACUCAAGGAGCCCGCUCUCACAUAGAUCAUUUCAACAAUAUCCAGCAGCAACCAAUUGGCACCAAGAAUUAUAUAAAGACAAAGAUUGCUGCUUCACUAUCUGCUCAAGACUGUACUGACUCAACUCCAACUACUAACCUACUCGCUGCUCAAAGUUCCGAAACUCCUGUUUUCUCUGGAAAUGCUGACUCGGCUGCUGAAACAGAAACUUGUGAAUCGCCGAUUGACUCAGCAACUCAAGAAACAUCUCUUCCUUCUAUGGUUUUCGAGUCAGAGGAUGUGGAGAGGAUUUGGAUGAUGUUAUCAAAUUUGACGCCUGUUUCUGAAUCAAGACAAUCUGAUCGCGACGACGGAACAUCUCAAUCAGGACAUGCCACUGAUGUUGUUCCAGAAAGCACUAACCGUCCCAUAAACUCUUCAACGUCAGAAUCCGUUUGCCCAUCAAUGAUUUUCACAGAUUCAGAAACUCACGAUGAGGAGCCAGUUCAGGAAACUCCAAUUUUGUUGUCUUCCAGCAGUGAUGCGGAUGCUACAAUAGCAGAAGGAGUGAUUGAUGAGCAAUCACCAGGCGAGCAUUCUGGUGAGCCUUCAGACCCCAUUGCACCAGAAACAGGUGAUUCUCAUCCCACUCAAGGAGUCCGUUCUCGCAUAGAGCAUCUCAACAAAAUCGAGCAGCAACCAAUUGGCAACAAGAAUUAUACAAAGACAAAGAUCGCUGAUUCACUACCUGCUCAAGAUUGUACUGAGAAUACCAUUAAUGAUACGAUCGAGCAUCCAAGUGGAGAGGCUGUACAACAUUCGGACGCCGCUGACUCGGCUGCAGAAACAGAAAUUUGUGAAUCACCGAUUGACUCAGCAACUCAAGAAUCCAUUCGUUCUCACGUGAUUUCUAGUGCAGAAGUGGUGGAUAAUGUUUCCGAACCAGACGACAGAACAUCUCAAUCAGGACACGUCACUGAUGUUGUUCCAGAAAGCACUGACAGUUCCAUAGACUCUCUAAUGUCAGAAUCCGUUUGCCCAUCAAUGAUUUUCACAGAUUCAGAAACUCAUGAUGAGGAGCCCGUUGUUGAAACACCGAUUCUACUGUCUUCCAGGAUUGAAGAUUCAGAUUCUGCAGUUGCAGAAGAAGUGAUUGAACCGGAAGAACUGUCUCCAGGCGAGCAUUCUGAAGAGUCUUCACAAGGAACGACUGAUUCCUCUCCCACUCAAGGAGUCCGCUCUCACAUUGAUCAUUUCAACAAAAUCGAGCAGCAACCAAUUGGCAACAAGAAUUAUAUAAAGACAAAGAUUGCUGCUUCACGACCUGCUACAGACUGUACUGAUUCUACCAUCGCUGAUCGCAUCAGAAAUUUAACUACCACCGGAGAGGCUGUUCAAAGUUCCGAAACUACUGAUUUCUUUGAGAAUGGUGACUCAAAUCGGGUCACAGAAACAGAAAGUGGUGAUCUCGAAACUGACGGUUCUGCUGUUUCAACAUCUUCUGAUAAUUCGGAGGAUCAUCAUAUUGCUAAUCAACUACUAGAUGAACCAAAUUUUUCACCAUCUGAAAAUAUAUCGAAGCAAGUGGGAAGAUCUUCCUCCUCGACACCCUCAGAGAUGGUUCAAGAGUCAGCUCCAGAAUCCAACAAUCUACUUACGACUCAACAGCCUGCCGCAGUUGAAACCAAUGAGACCGGAAUCCAAAAUCAAUCCGAAGUUCUCAACUCGGCUCCUUUGGCGAACGCGGACACUGAAGAAAACUUUAAGUUUGAAAAUCUAUUGGCCGGUUUCAAGAAAAGAACACAAUCAGACAAUGGAACCACGCUGAAUGUGCCAAGACCAGUCAUGAGAGCCAAAUUUUUAGUAAAUGCAGACCUGGCGAAGACACAAAAUACGUCCGAUUCGAAAACUCCAGAUGUUGACGUGAAUCACGACAUCAGCGAAACUUCUACAUCUUCCCCGUCGCAACAACCUGCUCCACGAAAUACCAAACUAGUCAGUACCCGGGUUGCCAUGUUCAAUAAUUUCGAAUGA